ACCUCCCAGCCUCAUUACCCCAGCUGGCACUGGGGAGCUUUUUGAUGCUGAAACAAAAGCAUUACAUGUCAUCAAAAUUCUCUUUUCCCCUUACUCUUCUUGUGUUAUAGGCAUAUUCUUUUGAGCGGGAUGGGUCAACAUACAUCUAUUGCAGAACAUAUUUCUUCUUUUUCUUACGGGCAUAACGAUGUCUAUUUCCUUGCCACUCUCACAAAGUCUUUCGUUAUAUCUCAUAAGCCUUAUAUUUCCUUUUUUUUAUUUUUUUCCAGCACGGCGAACAGGUCAGGGAUAUGGGCCUUUCAUCCUCUGCUCAAAGCUACAUUUUUCGAGCCAAGGGGUUUCUUCCUUUGAUGGGGAUUUUUACUUUAGCUCAUUGUCGCGAAGCAGUCCUUUAGGCGCCAGUUUUCACGUCAUUAGACGUAAUGCGAAGUCAAUAUCGAAUUUGGGGGCGGGAUUUGUAGGUUCAAAUGCAAUAGACGCCAUAUAUUUUCAUCUCUAAAUCUUGUCAUUAUUUACUCUUUGAGCCUUUGCUUCACGUCUUCCUCUUGCAGCCUGACUCCUUUAUAAUCAUGAUGUAGUGUAUGUG